CUGGGACGCCUCUGUUUGGGAUGGCCUGACCACGCCAUUGGCUGGUGCAGAAGGGGGAGGGGCGGACAAGGAGUGUGCUGCUUUAAACAAACUCUUCAGGAGCUCUGCCUGUUUCCCUUACCACCGCUGUGUCAGACUGAGACUGAAGGGGGCCGACAGACUCUGAUAAAUCAUUUCCUGGAGUCAAGGCACUCCUCCAGCCGCCAUCAUGUCAAGCAAGCGCACCAAGAGCAAGACCACCAAGAAACGCCCCCAGAGGGCCACGUCCAACGUGUUUGCCAUGUUUGACCAGUCCCAGAUCCAGGAGUUCAAGGAGGCCUUCAACAUGAUUGACCAGAACAGGGAUGGCUUCAUCGACAAGGAGGACCUCCACGACAUGCUGGCCUCUCUGGGUAAAAACCCCUCUGAUGAGUACCUGGAGGGCAUGAUGAGCGAGGCUCCGGGACCCAUCAACUUCACCAUGUUCCUCACCAUGUUCGGAGAGAGACUCAACGGCACAGACCCGGAGGACGUCAUACGCAACGCCUUUGCAUGCUUUGACGAGGAGGGAUCUGGUGUGAUCCAUGAAGACCACCUCAGGGAGCUUCUGACGACAAUGGGCGAUCGCUUCACGGACGAGGAUGUGGACGAGCUGUUCAGGGAAGCUCCCAUCGACAAAAAGGGCAACUUCAACUAUGCAGAGUUCACUCGCAUUCUGAAACACGGCGCCAAAGACAAAGAUGACGAGUAGAGCAGUGAGACAAUGACUGUAAACGUUCCACGUCCAUUUGAUACAAAGAAAAAACUGAGUGUUGAGUUAAAGGAGGAAUCCAGGUUGUUCUAAAACACAACUUUAAAAUUUGCAAAUCUCAACAUGUCGAUAACAGCUUAUUAUGCCUUCUUGCUCUUCACCUCACCUGGAUAGGUAAAUUGGUUAUCCAAAAAGGAAAUGGCCACAUUGCUUUAACUACUAGCAAUACAGGGUAUACUUCUAUUUUAUUUUUUUACUCUUAGUCUCUCCAAAUGUGUAUGUGGGCUGAUAACCCAUAAGACAUUCCACCACAGGCUGGUGUACCUUAAAGAUGACAUUAUAUUACCAGGUGUGAGUGUGAUUAGCCAUUACAAACCGUUUUGAAAAUCUGCCUCUUCUGACAUCACAAGUGGGCAUGUCCACCUAGUUGCAUGACGGAUAGAUGAGCAACGUUUUCUACUGUCCAAUGGGGAGGCGGGUAGACUGAUCUAUCUAGCACUAGGUGGACAUGCCCACUUGUGAUUUCAGAUGAGGCCGAUUUUCAAACGGCUUGUAAUGGCUUAUCAAACUCACAGCUGGUGUUAGGUCACCUUUAAAAACAAAUUAUGCAAGUUUUUAAGUUUGGAUGAUGAUUAGAGAUGUUUCACUCUAGUGCAAUUUCCCCAAGUGUAUGUUUACCCAUCUAAAGCAUCAUGCCCACAUAUUGUGUUUGGCUGAGAGGGAAAGUAGGUCUACAUUAAGAAGGGAUUCAGCCGUGAACAGUAGGAUGUCAAGAUCCAUUUGAAGACUUGAAUGCCUCAGUAUCAGCCUUUGCCAUACUUUAUUCUAUCAAAAUGUUUUAUGUCAAUGUUAUAAAUUCAGUGCCAAUUUGUGCUUUUCUAUGGAAAUAGUUAUUUUUCCCAUCCUUAAAAUAAA